UGCGACCUGCCCUCCAGUGUGACUUCUCAGCUGUUCAGCCUUUGUCGCUCAAAGAAAACAAAUUGUGGAAUGUACUGCUCUGCAUGUUAAUGAGAUGGCUAAGCCAGCUCAGGGGGUAGGAGAAGGUUUGAGAAUGAGAAUAAUGAUCUUCAGUUUCUGGCCUCCUGGCACGGUGGCGGUAUUUAUCAGGAGACACAUGUGACUGGUUAAGACACAGAGCCCCAGUUUGAAGGAAACAGCUGCUUGUGGUAUGCUCCGGCACUUGGCAGCUGGACAGGCAGAGUGCUGGUGUGAGGAAUACCGACAAAACCACCCCAAUCUCAAGGCCUCUGAGAAUAUAAUCUUGUAUUCCACCAUGGUGUCAAUCCCAGUGCCUGGCACAGAACUAAGUGUCUACUAACUUCUCUAAAAUACUUAUAAUUCAGGUUGAACAAUCCAGUUCUAUAGAGCGCUUCUUCAAUGCAUUUCCCAAUGAUGAUAACUGCCCUUAAAAUUCUUCUGGACCUGGAAAUCGGUGUGAAAACAACCGAGUUUUCUUGAAGUUCCAUUAAGGACAGAGGCCACCACGAGACACUAACAUCUCCACCUUCCCUGAUUAUGGAGAUGGCCUAUCUGAUGCUGAAAAUGUCACUAGUUUUUUGACAACGGCUAAAUAACCAUGGGGUCAAGUGGCCUUGGGAAAGCAGCAACACUGGAUGAGCUCUUGAGCACUUGCAUUGAGAUGUUCGAUGACAAUGGAGAGCUGAAUAAUAGUUAUUUGCCAAGAAUAGUUCUACUGAUGCACCGAUGGUAUUUAUCUUCCACUGAAUUGGCAGAAAAACUUCUCUGCAUGUAUCGAAAUGCCAGUGGAGAAAGCUGUGAUGAAUUUCGAUUAAGGAUCUGCUACUUCAUGAGGUAUUGGAUUCUGAAGUUCCCUGCAGAGUUUAAUUUGGACCUUGGUUUGAUUCGUAUGACUGAAGAAUUCCGGGAAGUAGCUAGUCAACUAGGAUAUGAGAAACACAUCAGCCUCAUUGACAUAUCCAGCAUUCCUUCCUAUGACUGGAUGAGAAGAGUCACACAGAGGAAAAAAGUAUCCAAGAAGGGAAAAGCCUGUCUGCUGUUUGACCAUCUGGAGCCCAUUGAAUUGGCUGAGCACCUCACUUUUCUGGAGCAUAAAUCUUUUAGAAGGAUCUCAUUCACUGAUUACCAAAGCUAUGUCAUUCAUGGCUGUCUAGAGAAUAACCCAACCUUGGAGAGAUCUAUUGCUUUAUUUAAUGGAAUCUCGAAGUGGGUCCAGUUGAUGGUCCUUAGCAAACCAACUCCCCAACAAAGGGCAGAAGUCAUUACAAAGUUUAUCAAUGUUGCAAAGAAGCUCCUUCAGCUUAAAAAUUUUAACACCCUGAUGGCAGUGGUGGGAGGCCUGAGUCAUAGUUCCAUUUCACGCCUCAAAGAGACCCAUUCUCAUCUUUCUUCAGAAGUUACAAAGAACUGGAAUGAAAUGACAGAGUUGGUCUCCUCCAACGGCAAUUACUGCAAUUAUCGUAAAGCCUUUGCCGACUGCGAUGGCUUCAAAAUCCCCAUCCUUGGAGUGCACUUGAAAGACUUGAUAGCAGUCCAUGUCAUUUUCCCUGACUGGAUGGAGGAAAACAAAGUGAACAUUGUGAAAAUGCACCAGCUCUCUGUCACCCUGAGUGAACUGGUCUCCCUGCAGAAUUCCUCUCACCACUUAGAACCCAACAUGGAUUUGAUCAACCUGCUCACGCUUUCUCUGGACCUCUACCACACAGAAGAUGAUAUUUAUAAACUGUCCCUGGUGCUGGAACCUAGAAAUUCUAAAUCGCAGCCUACCUCCCCUACGACCCCCAACAAGCCUGUGGUGCCCCUGGAGUGGGCAUCAGGGGUGAUGCCGAAGCCAGACCCCACGAUCAUCAACAAGCACAUCAGGAAAUUAGUUGAGUCUGUGUUUAGAAACUAUGACCAUGACCACGAUGGGUACAUCUCCCAAGAGGACUUUGAAAGUAUAGCUGCCAAUUUUCCCUUCUUAGAUUCCUUCUGUGUGCUGGACAAAGACCAGGAUGGCCUGAUUAGUAAAGAUGAAAUGAUGGCUUACUUCCUGAGAGCUAAAUCCCAGCUACACUGUAAAAUGGGACCAGGAUUUGUCCAUAAUUUUCAGGAGAUGACCUAUCUCAAGCCAACCUUCUGCGAACACUGUGCAGGAUUUCUUUGGGGCAUAAUCAAGCAAGGAUACAAAUGCAAAGACUGUGGAGCCAACUGUCACAAACAGUGCAAAGACCUCCUGGUUCUGGCCUGCAGGAGAUUUGCCAGGGCACCCUCCUUGGGCAGCAAUCAGGGGUCACUGCCUGGAAGCCCCUCGCUACCCCCAGUGCAGGAUGAAGUAUUUGAGUUUCCUAGGGUCACUUCUGGACACCAGGACCUGGACAGCAGAGCCAUCACACUGGUUACAGGCUCUUCCCGCAAGAUUUCCGUGAGGCUGCAGCGGGCCACCACCAGCCAGGCUACCCAGACUGAACCUGUCUGGUCAGAGGCUGGCUGGGCGGACUCAGGAUCUCACACCUUCCCUAAAAUGAAAUCCAAGUUCCAUGACAAAGCAGCAAAAGACAAAGGCUUUGCCAAGUGGGAAAAUGAGAAGCCCAGAGUACAGGCUGGCGUGGAUGUUGUAGACCGGGGCACUGAGUUCGAAUCUGACCAGGAUGAAGAUCAGGGUGAGACCAGACAGGAUGGUGAGGAUGGCUGACUUCAGGCUGAAGAAACAGAAAGCAAUAAACAUUAUUUUCGCUUCUGGAGGGAGCAAGAUGAGAGACUCCAAAGAACACUCCAACUCUCAGGAACUUAUCUGGAAAGAUAUCUGGAUGUUUACUAAUCUGUGACAUCAUGGGGUCACAUGACUGGACUGUGAGAUGGAGGAUUUAUCCUAACUAUGAACUAUUUAUUUCCUCCUCCCUGCUCCUAGAGAGGUGUCACAAAGAUUGUGCUGGGUAGUUAGGAAUUUUCUCAUUUCUCUCUCUCUAGAGCCACUUACAUACGGGUGAAAUGGAAGCUUUCUCUGCAUGUAUUGAUAGUCAUUCUAAACUCAAACUUUGGCAUUUUUGUGAAAUUAUCUCGAUAUAUUUGUAAAUGUGUAUAUGGGCGUUUGUGUGUUGGGGGGGGGCAUUAAUUUAGAGGUCUUUUUGUGUACUAUGUGGAUGGGACCAGGACUUAACCUUUUCCUGAGGGACAAGAAAGCUCUGCAGAUCCUGGAGUCCAGGGUUCAUCUAGUGCCGAUCAGUUACAACCAGAUGCUGUUUACAUUGUCUCUACCAUAGACUGGCUCAGAUGUGUACAAAGUCACGUAUGCACAUAUCACAUAAGUCUUACCACUCCUACUAUGACAUAGCUGGGAAGGCUGUACUAAUGUUUAUAAUAGCCAUGGGAAAAAAUUAACUAUACUUUCUCAUUUGAUUAGGUUCAGCUAACUUUCUUAUGACUCCUGAAAACAGGAAGAGCAAUUAAGAAAUCAACAAAAUGUGUGUGGGGGGGAGGAUAACAUUUAGCAGAAAAGUAAACUAUAGAACAAACCACAAGGUGAAAUGUAAACAGCCACCAAUUUUUAAAAAUCCCAAAUAAUUUUAUGAUUUGUUUGUUUGUUCUAGGGCGCAUGUGUUCACCAGAGAGAGACAGUGAGACAGAAGGCAAGAAAUCACACACACA